UUUCGGCCUCCUCGCAGCGCAGGGAGUUCGUGCGAAAUCCGCGUGCACCUGUAGCAACAGGGUGAGGAGGCGGGGGGAGAGAGACCACGGCAUACACUCGACACCUGUUCGCACACCCAUGAUGCGGACCCAUGGCUCAUGGCUGCAGUACCGGUCACCGCUCAGCUCGCUCUUCUCGACGAGGUUUGUGGCGGUGGAAGGAAGCGAAGUCCGCGGCUUUUCCUCGGACCUCACUGACGCACUGGCGCUCUUUGCGCUCGGCCCAUUGUGCGAGACGGCGACUGGGGUCAUCCGCGGCGGGCUUGCUGGCCAGGCGUAUGCCUUUUACAUCCAGCUCGGCGGAGGGUGCGGUGUCACCCACGUCUUUGCCGCUCACGAGCCCGCUGUUCUCAAGGCGUGGCUCUCAGCCCUCAUCGCCGCGGGCGCCACCUACGUCGGCGUGGUGGACGAUCUGCCCGCGACGAGCGAUGUCAUGGUCGGUGGCUACGAUGAGGGCCCCAGUUCGAGCAAGGUUGGCGGCGGCGGCGGCGGCGACGACGAGAGCGGGAGCGGUGACAGCGGAUGGACGGAUGCCAUUGUCCCGCCCAACGCCAUCCAGUCCGUGAUCUCGUCGGCAAUGACCAUGGCGGUUCUCGUCGACAUCCAGUCAAGGAAGCCGCGGGUCAAGAUGGUCUCGCGGUACUUUGUGCUCACGCCGGGCACGCUCUCGGUGUACACUUCGCCGCGACUCCCGGCCAAGCUAGUGGCACAGCUGGACACCCGCGAGUACAACGUCGGCAUCAAGCACUUUGCCGAAGCUGCGCCUAACUGCAUCUUUCUUGCACCCAAGGACGUGACCGGGACUAAGGCCGAGGGCGUAGUGUGGGCCAACGUGUCGUCGGCCGACAAGCAGCGCGCGUGGGUCCGCGCCCUCGUCGCCAAGGGCAAGACCGGCCAGGCGCAGUGGGACUCGAUCCGCGACGAUGUCGAGGGCACGCUCUUCUACGAGUACCUUCUCGCGCCGCCGCCGCCCGAAGACGCCAAGAUCCGCCCGCCAUCGUUCCACUCGCAGUUUGCCGACGUCAACGACGAGCGCAAGCAAAAGGCCAUUCAGCGGGCUCUCGAGGCCGAGGCCGCCGCGGCAGCGUCGGCGCGCCCAGCCUCGGGCGACCACUUUGUCUCGGAAGAGCUGCUCGCCGCGCCGGCAUCGGGCGGUGGCGGUGCCAAGACCAAGUCGCCGUCGCUGUCCAAAGUGGCGCGGAUGAAUGCGCUGGCGUCCAAGGUCCCGCUCUCGGUGAAGGAGCAAGCAGCUCGGACGCGCAAGUGGUGCCAGGCCGUGCUCGCCAAGCGGCACCCGUCGGGAAAUACCCCGAUUGGGCAGUUCAACAUGGAGAAGGCUGCCGCCUGCGGAUGGCUCUUCUUUGAGAUGGUGACAGACUAUGCACACGAGCGGGCGCCCGAGCACACCAUCGACGUCAACUCGAUUGCGGCGUGCCGGACAAACCUCUCACUCGCACGCGAGUGGAUGAGCCUCCUCGGCAUCGACGUUGAGGGCUGGCAGGUCGACGACGUUGUCGGCUGCUCGACUCGCCCGAUUCUUCGCGCACUCUCUGCGGUUGCCGACCGGUACAACGUCGACCUCGCCGACGGCGGGCCCGAGUACCUUGCCAGAGCAAUAGUGCCGCAAGCGUCAGGAGGGGCGUCAGGCAGCGGGCGUGCGUCUAGCAACAGCGGCAGCAGCAGCGGCAGCGGAAAGAAGCGUGCGCUGCGCUCGUCGUAUGUCGCUGACGUCCAGCGGGCGGUGCCUGGGCAGGCGCGGCGGCUCUCGGUCUCGGCGCCGAGCACAGACACGGCUGUCGCCGUCACAGUCGAUGAGCCGUUUGGGUGGGAGCCGUCGCUCAGCUCGCAGCAAGUGGCGUCGGCGAGCAAGCUCGAGGGUAUCACCCUGCCCUGGAUCAACGCCGUCCUCAACUCGCGCGGCGACUGCUGA